AUUUCAUUCAGCUACGAAGUUUGCUUUUGCCGCCCAGCUUGUAGAAUUGUGUCGAUAUGAACCAAGACUAUAUUUGGGAUGCUGUUGUAGUUGGGGCUGGAGUUGAAGGCUCGUCGACAGCGUACAACCUAUCAAAGAACAACCAGAAGACAUUGUUGUUGGAACAAUUUGGUCUACCCCACUCUCGAGGCAGCUCCCAUGGACAGACGAGAAUUAUUCGCUAUGGGUAUUCAGAACCAUACUACAGUGCUAUGAUGCCAGAAUGUUUCAGGAUAUGGCACGAUGUUGAGAAGCAGACUGGUGUUACUCUCAUAACAGAGACCAAGCUGUUAACUCUUGAUAUUCCCCCAUACACGGGACUUAAAAAUAAAAAGGAAGUUCUAACAAACCUUGGAAUUGGCUUAGAGUCAUUUAAUGGUCGUCAACUUAAAGAGAAAUAUCCUAUGAUAGAGUGCGGGCCACAAUAUAAAGCAAUACUUGAAAAUGGUGCUGGGGUCAUCAGAGCAGACAAGUCACUGAAAGCUUUACAGGAACUUUUUGUGAGAAAUGGUGGAGUAAUACAUGAUGAGGAAAAGUAUAUUGAUGUCUUCCCUGGUGAUGUUUUAACAAUACGUACAAAUAAAGGAAGUUACAAAGCAAAAUGUUUAAUACUAACAGUAGGACCCUGGGCAGGAAAAUUGUUAAACCCCCUUGGAGUUCAUGUACCAUUAAAGGCAAGUUCUUAUUUUUCAAUCAGUGUCAUAUUGUUAUCAUAUGGUGCUACAUUGCUACCUUAUGGUACUACAUUGCUACCUUAUGGUGCUACAUUGUUACUUUAUGGUGCUACAUUGCUACUUUAUGGUGCUACAUUGUUACCUUAUGGUGCUACAUUGCUACAUUAUGGUGCUACAUUGUUACUUUACGGUGCUACAUUGCUACCUUAUGGUGCUACAUUGUUACUUUAUGGUGCUACAUUGCAACCUUAUGGUGCUACAUUGUUACUUUAUGGUGCUACAUUGCAACCUUAUGGUGCCACAUUGCUACCUUAUGGUGCUACAUUGCUACUUCAUGGUGCUACAUUGCAAUCUCAUGGUGCCACAUUGCUACCUUAUGGUACUACAUUGUUACUUUAUGGUGCUACAUUGUUACUUUAUGGUCCUACAUUGCUACCUUGUGGUGCUACAUUGCUACCUUAUGGUGCUACAUUGCUACCUUAUGUUGCUACAUUGCUACCUUAUGGUGCUACAUUGCUACUUUAUGGUGCUACAUUGCUACAGUGUGCUACAUUGCUUACUACAGGGUGCUACACAGCUACCUUAUGGUGCUACAUUGCUACCAUAGGGAGUUACAUUGCUACGUUAUGGUGCUACAUUGCUACGUUAUGGUGCUACAUUGCUACCUUAUGGGUGCUACAUUGCUACAGCGUGCUACAUUGCUUACCACAGGGUGCUACACAGCUACCUUAUGGUGCUACAUUGCUACCAUAUAGGGAGUUACAUUGCUACGUUAUGGUGCUACAUUGCUACCUUAUGGUGCUACAUUGCUACCUUAUGGUGCUACAUUGCUACCUUAUGGUGCUACAUUGCUACCUUAUGGUGCUACAUUGCUAUCUUAAGGCUCAACGUAUUAAUGCAUGUUACUGGAGAGAAAAAAGUCCUGGUAAUUGUGCUGGUUUCCCAAAUUUUAUUGAUAACUCGCACCGUACAUAUGGGAUACAAAUCACCGAAUACCCUAACACCAUGAAGGUUAUAAAGACAAAACUGUGUUAUUGGAAAGAGAAAUCCAGUGGUUCAUUCUCUAAUUUCCCGUGUUUUGUGGAUUACACGGGUAGUUUGGUGUAUGGUGCAUGUCCAUUGGAAUAUCCUAAUGCCAUGAAGUUUCCAAAUGUUAUAAUCUUCUUCACAGGUCAUGGUUUCAAAUUGGCACCAGUGGUGGGUAAAGUUUUGUCUGAACUCGCCAUGAAAAAGACACCAUCAUAUGAUCUUUCGCACUUCACUAUUGAGAGAUUUUUCAAAUCCCAAAAAUCAAAGUUAUAA